AUGUCACAAUCACCUGAUGAAAUUUAUCAAGAAUUAUUUGAACAUGUACAAAGUUCACGUAUAUUUCCUGAUUCAAAAACUUUUUGUGACAUAAUUCCACGUACACUACAACCACAUGAAAUUCUUGAAAAUUAUCGAAAAGAAAAAACAAAAACAACAUUUAAUCUAUCAUCAUUUAUUUCCGAUCAUUUUAUCGUACCAAAUACAACAACAGUUAUCAAUGAUAAUCGAAUAAUUGAAGAACAUUGUCAUCAUUUAUGGUCACUCUUAACACGAGUAUCAACAAAAGAAAAGUUUUCAUCAUUUAUUGAAGUUCCAUAUCCAUUUAUUGUACCUGGUGGACGUUUUAGAGAAUUUUAUUAUUGGGAUACUUAUUUUACAAUGUUAGGUUUAAUUAGAUCAAAUGAAACAAAACUAUUGAAUAAUAUGUUAGAUAAUUUUGCUUAUUUAAUUCGAACAAUUGGACACAUUCCAAAUGGAAAUCGAUAUUAUUAUGUUGGUCGAUCUCAACAACCAUAUUUUUCAUUAAUGACUGAAUUAUUAGGACAAACAGAAAAAUAUAGAAAUGAAUUAGAAAUUGAAUAUCAAUUUUGGAUGAAGAAAAGAUCAAUUACACUUGAUGAUGGAACAAUUCUUAAUCGAUACUAUGAUGAUCUUAGUUCUAAACCAAGACCAGAAGCUUUUCUUGAAGAUACAGAAAUAGCUCAUAAAACAAACAAUCCUAAUAUUUAUGUUCAUUUACGAGCAGCUGCUGAAUCUGGUUGGGAUUUUAGUUCACGAUGGUUGGAAGAUGAAAGUGAUCUAUCCACAAUAAUAACUGCUAAUAUUCUUCCUGUUGAUCUUAAUUGUUUAUUAUAUCAUUUAGAAUUAAGUUUAGGUAAAACACUUGAAGCUGAACAUCGUCGUCAAGCUAUACAAAAAUAUAUGUGGUCAAAUGAAUUUCAAUUUUUCAUGGAUUAUAAUUUUAUUAAAAAGAAACAAACAGAUCGUUUAACUUUAGCUGGUCUUUUUCCAUUGUGGCUUAAUAUUUCAACCCCGGAUCAAGCUAAACAAGUUGCUCAUCAAACUGAAUCAUUAUUUUUAUAUGAUGGUGGUUUGACAACUACAAUUUCAAAAAAAAGUAUACAACAAUGGGAUUAUCCAAAUGGUUGGGCUCCACUUCAAUAUAUUGCAUAUCGUGCUUUACUUCAAACGCCAGGUUAUGAAAAACUUGCUCGAACUAUUCGUCAACGAUGGAUGUCUUUAAAUGAACAAGUAUUUAAAGAAACAGGUAAAAUGAUGGAAAAAUAUGAUGUUGUGAAUAUCAAUAAACCGGCUGGUGGUGGAGAAUAUAAAACACAAGAUGGUUUUGGAUGGACUAAUGGAGUUUAUUUAGAAAUGCUUUAUCAAAAACAGACAGAAUCAUAA